AUGAAUUACAUCAAUUCUACUCGUCUAAUUCUAACAUCUCUGUUAACAACAACAACAACAUCCACAUUGACAACAAAUUAUAGUCAUAAUGAAACAUCAACAGAUAUACCAAAAACAUUAAUACCCGAAAAAUAUCAAGUUAUUCUUCUAAGUUUUGCUUAUGGUGUGAUUGCCUUUCUAGCCAUUGUUGGCAAUUCAUUAAUUAUUUAUAUUGUUCUUCGAAAUAGACGUAUGCAUUCAGUAACAAAUUAUUUUAUAUGUAAUUUAGCAUUAGCCGAUUGUCUUGUGGCAUGUUUUGCUGUACCAUUUCAAUUUCAAGCUGCCGCCUUACAAAAAUGGGUAUUACCACAUUUUUUAUGCAAAGUUGCACCAUUUACUCAAAUACUUUCUGUUGAUGUAUCUAUAUUUACUUUGGUGGCAGUUUCAAUCGAUCGUUAUCACGUGAUGUUAUAUCCGUUAAAACCAAAAUUAUCUACUAGAAAAGCGUUUAUUAUAUUUUUAUUUGUUUGGUUAAUUGCUCUUGGAUCAUCGAUACCAAGUUUAUUUUUUUAUCGUGUAUAUCAAAUAAAUGUUGAUUAUUAUCAAUGUUUACCCAAUACAUAUCAAACAAUACCACAAGAUCAAGCUCAUAAAGAAAAUUCGACUAGUAAUACGAUGGAUAAUAUUGCCACCGCCCAUAAUUCAUAUGAUAUACACAAAAUAUAUAUUGUCUACAAUAUUUAUUCUCAGUAUAUUAUACCAUUCAUAAUUAUAGCUGGUGCCUAUUUUAGAAUUGGUUCACAUUUAUAUUUCUCUAAACCGCCAACAACAAUCAAUAAACAUCAGGAAGUUAUUGCGAGAAAUAAACGAAAAGCUAAAUUUAAUCGUGAAUUUCGUCGUAUAUUAUGGUUCUUACCAUGUAUUGACAAUUCAAAUUUGGAAGUUGAUCCACGUGCUAAAUCAAACAUAACUCUAAUAAGUGCCGUCCAAGCAUCAAAACAACAACAACAACAACAACUACAAAAACUAGAUCAAUUUUCUUCCUCAUCGUCACAAUUAAGACGAAAACAUUGUCAACGUCGUUCACCUCGUUCAUCACCUAUUCUCAGUGUACACGAUGGAACGCGUAUGCUAAAUAAACCUCCACGUCGUUCACUCACACCAUCAACGACGAAUAAUUCAAAUAGUACAUCACAUUUAUCAAAUAUUUUAACACAAAAAUAUCGACAAACAUUUUCUUCAGUUGAACCAACAAACUGUAAAAUAAAUAAAAAUAAUUAUUAUACAAAAUUGGCACCACGAUCUGUUAAUAAUUGUGAAAAAUUCUUACCCGAUCAUGAUUUAAAUGGUUCAAAAGAAAAUGAUUUAUUAUUAAUGAAUCGACAAUCGGCAAGAUUUCAGUAG